GUUGUGGGGUUCUCCGAGCCGAAUUUUUAAUUCUGAGUCUUUAUCAUGGAUGUAAUUUAAUGUUAUCAGAAUCUUGUUGAAACUUUGAAAAGUGAUGAAUACUCUCGACAAACAACUAGCCGAUCUUCGGAUCUACGCGAACGAGUUGGACGCGAAACUGCAAGAUGAUAUCAACGCAUCCAAACUUAAACCAUCAAUUCCACCAAAAAAGAAUAAAGCGCCUCUACCACAAAUACCGCAAAGUUACACUGUUAAAUCAGCGUGCGAACCGUCGUAUUCAUCACGGCUUGACUAUGGCACCCGUAUAAGUUCUACAUACUCUAACUUGGUGCCUGUGAAAAGUUGUAUCGUGAGGAAUUCCGCGCGAGUCCGCAGCGGGGAUGUGCUUUUAUACAGUAACCUAAUGCCUCCCGGUGGCACAAACCAUGUUUAUUCAAACCUUCCUAUGCAACGCCAUGUUGAGAGUUUUUACGACAGGGAUACGCGUUCGGAACUGUCGCGUAUAAGCGAUAUCGGUGCGCAGUCUAACUACAGUGAGCUUCGUCGGCCAGGAUCAGCUUACGCACCUUCCUCAGCGUCAGUGAACGCUCAAGAUUUCUCCACAUAUGGUGGGUCACAAGCUUCAUCCACCUAUGAGUCUCUAUAUGAGCCGAUUAACCCAAGGCCAUGUAGUCAAUUGUCUGGUACAUCGUUAUAUGGAGGGUAUGUUGGAGCUACUGUAGAGCCUACACCGGAGCCAGAUGAAGCAUUGUAUUGUGGUAACUGUUAUCGCUGUGGAGAGAAGAUCAUGGGAGAAACAACAGGUUGCACAGCUAUGGAGAGAAUAUACCAUAUUAAGUGCUUCUGUUGUCAACAAUGUGAGAUUAAUCUUCAGGGAAGGCCUUUUUAUGCGGUGCAAGGCAGAGCACUCUGUGAGAGCGAUUAUCUAGAAACCCUUGAAAAAUGCUGUGUAUGUGGUGAUCCUAUACUGGACAGGAUAUUAAGAGCCACCGGAAAGCCAUACCAUCCCCGCUGUUUCACAUGUGUAGUCUGUCAGAAGAGCCUUGAUGGUAUACCUUUUACAGUUGAUGCGGUUAAUCGCAUACAUUGUAUUGAAGACUUUCACAAAAGAUAUGCUCCGAGGUGCGCGCGUUGCCGCGAACCAAUAGUACCCGAAGGGGGCGCUGAAGAGACCGUGCGAAUCGUAGCCCUGGACAAAAGCUUCCAUAUAGCUUGCUACGCUUGUGAAGACUGCGGUGCUUCCCUAUGCUCUAGGGAGCAAGGUAGGGGAUGCUAUCCGCUAGACGGACAUCUUUAUUGCAAGGAGUGCAAUGCCAGGCGCAUUCAAGAUCUGUCUAGAAAUAUCAACUAGGUCAAAGAUUUAAAUCGUUAGAUAUGCCCAAGAUUUAUAAAAAUUCAAUGUUCAAGAUUUAUUACAUUUAUUACAACUAGGCCUAG